AUGGUUGAUGAGACCACACCAAUAAAUCUAGUUGCCCGCCCAAUUCCACAGGAUACUUAUUACAUUGCUCAUGGUAAGCAAAGAAUAUUAUUUUUCAAAAAGAUUAGAUUACUUAUUCUCCCGAUUAUUCUAAUCCUAUUAGUUAGUUACAAGUUUCAUGUGACCCGUAGUCGUAAUGCACUUGCACUUUUGGGUCCUUCAUUAUCGUUACGGUUGUAUACAAACAAUAUUAGAUUUGAUAAUUUCAAGUACCCAGAUAACUAUGAGCAGCCAUGGCUGAAACGUAGAGUGCAGAGUAUCAACUCUAUGGAGUUCAAUACAGGUAUAGGUUAUGCAAGUGUGAUUUGUUUACAAGAAGUGUUACAGAAUCAACUAUACGAUAUUAUUAGAGGGCUAAAUGAGGAAGAAGGAGUUAGAGGAGAUGGCGGCAGUUUUAAGAAUGAGUGGACAUAUUAUGGAGUUGGCAGAACAGAUGGUGUUUCUGAAGGUGAAUUUGCACCUAUACUCUACAAGUCCCGAGAUUUUUUCAUUUUAGAAAACACUACUUUUUGGUUAAGUGAAACACCCGAUGUUCCAAGUAGAGGAUGGGAUGCAGCUUUAGAAAGAAUAGUUACAAUGGUUACUUUUCAAAGUAAAAUUAACCCAUUGAUUAAAUUUAAUGUGUUUAAUACGCACUUUGACCACAGGGGCCGGUUAGCGAGAAAGAAAUCUUCUCAAUUGAUAGUGGACAAGAUGAAAAACUAUAAUGGAUAUCCUUCAUUUUUAUGCGGUGAUUUCAAUACAGAACCUGAUGAUGAGCCAUAUAAAAUAUUAACCAAAUCAGGAUUCAAAGAUAGUAGAGUGACCAUUGAUAAGAAAUUCUCAUAUGGGCACAAAACUACUUUUACAGGAUUUGAUUUGAAGAAUGAACCUAAUUCAAUUAUUGACUAUAUCUGGUCGCCAUAUUUUACCGAGUCAGUACUGAGAGAAAGAAAGCAUGGAGAGGAUAAAGAAAUGAACAAUUUCUAUGACCUUGACCAUCAUCUAUAUUACAAAGUUGUGUUGAAACAAUUUGGUAUCUUGAGUAAUUAUUUUAACGGAUUCCAUUAUUCAGAUCACCGUCCUGUAGUUGCAACAUAUGAAAUGACGAGAAGUAGACUAUUCUGA